AUGCAUAGGAACAGAUCCAGAGCCAUGACGGUGCCGUCUAGGCCCAUGAAUGGUAGUAGUCCAUCUAUCGUUGGAUCAAUUAACCCUGGUGGUGAUUUUGAAUCUGGUCUGAAUGGUAAUGGAAACUCCAACGGUUUUAGAGUCGUCUCAGCAGGCUCGUCUUCUUCAUCUAGUAAUCUUCCACAAAAGUUGAAGAAUCUGUUUCGAUUGAGUUCGUUCUCUAAUAGUAAUAGCGUUGGUGGUGAAUCCAGUGGUUCUGGUGCGGGUCACUUGACAACUGGUACUCACCACACAGGAUCGGGAACUGAGCUUUCUUCCGGUAAUCCCAAUACUACCGAUUCAAGUCCUGCUAUUGGCUCUGAAAACACUCCUGAGUUGUCAUUGGCUCAUACCGGAGAUGAUGCUGAUGCCAGUGAUAGUCCUGAUACUCCCAAUCCUGUGGCUAAUGAUUCGACAAAUUGGGGUUUCAAGUCAUCUCCAGGUCCUUCUGACAUUUUGGCAAAGCCACCAAAGAGAUCCUUUUUAGGACGUCUUCGAUCACCUUCGAGUCCAUCUCCAAUGCUACUAACCCCAGACCCUGAAGAAGGUCAAGAAUCAUCACCUCCACCUCUACCAAAGGGCUUGUCAGUCAGUGCUCAAGCUAGCCCAUCUUUAAGGCCUGUUAAUGCUCCCUCUGACACAGUUGCUUCUGCUAAUCCUUAUUUCUCUUACCAAGGACAGCCUGCUCAUGCUCAACAACGAGAAGAGCAGCAGCAACAUUUGCAUCAAGGACAUGGACAGGCACAAAAAGCACAAUUACAGCAUUCACAACAGCAUUAUUCUUCGAACCAGCAUCAAAAUGACCAUCAGCAUCCUAACCAGAACCUACACCAGCAGCAUCAACAGCAGUCACAACCGACUCAGAACACUUCAAGACCUCAGAAUCGUCGCAACAAUAGUCACUCGUUGUUUUCCUUUUCCAGUUUUCUGGGUGAUCAUUCAAAUAGCAAUCAUAACCAUGGCAGGAACACCAACACCAAUAAAGAACUCGCCAGCAGUACAAAUGAUGAGAAUAAUGGAGCAUCUGAUCUAAAGUCUGAUUCGACAGUAUCUGCCGGAUCCGAUGGUGGUUAUAUUGUCAAUGGUGCCAAUCAUAGUACCACGAACGCAUCAACUCCUUUGGCUGAGAAUGAUAUUACUAUAGUAGCUCUGCCAGCUGAAGAUCAUGAGGAACCUUUGGCACCUCCUAGCAAGGGUAUCUUUUCUCGCAAUCUUCGACGAGUAGCAUCUGCUCCUAAUGAGAUCAAGAAUAUGCUCCUCAAUUCACCACAAGUACGCCCUGCUGAUGGACCAUCUGGUACUAUUCCCAGUGGUGGUAUAAAUGGAACUGGCAAUCAAGCUAGCAGUAAUACGAAUACCUCAGAUAAUGCUACGGCAAUUGGUGCUGAUAAUUCUCGUCCAGACCAAGGUACAGGAAUCUCUUCACAUAGCAUCUCUACCUCUAACAAUGGUCUCAAGGCAAACAAAUCCAGUUCUACUGGAUUGACCACAACGACCUUCAGCAAAGCCAGGUCUCCCUCUACACCGAAGGUGUAUAACCGAUCGUACUCUCGAAGCUCUAUAAAAAUUUGUGAUGUCGAGGUCACCCCCUCGUCAUUUGACAAAAUCAAGCUACUCGGUAAAGGAGAUGUCGGUAAAGUGUACUUGGUACGAGAGAAGAAAACAAAUCAUUUGUACGCCAUGAAAGUGCUGAGUAAACGAGAAAUGAUUAAACGAAAUAAGAUAAAACGUGCAUUGGCAGAACAGGAGAUUCUUGCUACCAGUAACCAUCCUUUCAUUGUCACUCUAUAUCAUUCAUUUCAGUCUGAUGAGCAUCUUUAUCUUUGCAUGGAGUAUUGUAUGGGAGGAGAGUUUUUCCGGGCUUUACAGACACGAGAGGGCAAGUCUCUUAAAGAAGACGACGCUCGUUUCUAUGCUGCCGAAGUUACAGCUGCUCUUGAAUAUUUGCAUCUGAUGGGUUAUAUUUACCGUGACCUUAAGCCAGAAAAUAUCUUGUUGCAUCAAUCUGGUCAUAUCAUGUUGUCGGACUUUGAUUUGUCGAAACAGUCCGGUUCUGAGGCAGCACCUACAAUUGUCAAUGGAUCUGGUCGUAGCGGUGGAGGGUCCAGCAGUAACCUUCCAGCUAUUGAUACCAAGGCAUGUAUCGCAGAUUUCAGGACGAAUUCGUUUGUGGGUACAGAAGAGUACAUAGCACCGGAAGUGAUUCGAGGCAAUGGACAUACCAGUGCAGUGGACUGGUGGACUUUAGGUAUUUUGUUAUUUGAGAUGCUAUUUGGCACCACCCCGUUCAAGGGCAAGAAUCGUAAUGCGACUUUUGCAAAUAUUUUGAAAAGCGACGUGAAUUUCUACGAUGUACAACCAGUUUCCAGUAACUGUAAGUCUAUCAUUCGUAAACUGUUGAUCAAAGACGAGAAUAAACGAUUAGGUUCAAGAGCCGGUGCAUCAGAUAUCAAGGGACAUCCGUUCUUUAAAACCACUCAAUGGGCAUUGCUUCGAAACCGAGUACCACCCAUUAUACCAGUUCAAGGAAAAGGACGUGAUGCAGUGAAUUUCCGAAAAAUGAAAGAAAGCGGCAGUGUUGACUUUGAUGAAGAAACACCGUAUGAUGCCAAUGCCAAUUCCACACACAGCUCAGCUGGUGAUCCAUCAGAGCCAUCGAACUUUGCACCCGAUCCAUUUUCCAACUUCAACUCCAUCACACUUCACCAUGACGGAGGUGAUGCUGACGGCAAUGCAUAUUAUGAUGAUAGCGAUGCUGAGGAAGAAGAAACCACUACAGCAGCACCAUCCGGCCGACAGUCGCCUCUUGCGAACCCCUCGAGCACGCAUACAUCCGUUCCAGGGUCACCAAAAGUGUACAACGGAUUCGGGUCCGACAUGGAAACAGACAUCAGCACACAUCAUUCAGUAUUCUCGGGUGCAGGUUCCUCGUCACCCAGUCUGUUCAAGCCAUAUUUCAAGGGAUUUACCACCAGUCUAAAAAAUUAG